AUCCCGUCAUGCUCGUGGACGGAGCGCUACGUCAGCAGUGAUACCAAACAUGGCGGUGUCCGUAGCGCGGCCGCCGGUUGCCCGCGCUCCCGUGUUGAUAUUAACUUUUCUCGCGGCGCUGGCGCUUCGCCGCGGUGUCGCCGACGUGGCCGCGGGAGGCUCGCCGUCGGCGGAGACGCCGCACCGCCGCUUCGAGUACAAGUACAGCUUCAAGGGGCCGCACUUGUCCCAGAGCGACGGCAGUGUCCCCUUCUGGAUCCACACGGGCAAUGCUAUUCCCAGCGCAGACCAGGUGCGCAUCACGCCGUCUCUCCGCAGCCAGAAGGGCUCCGUGUGGACGAAAAACAAAGUCAACUUUGAACACUGGGAGGCCGAGGUGACCUUCAGAGUAUCUGGACGAGGCAGAAUGGGGGCAGACGGUUUGGCUUUGUGGUUCACAACUGAACAAGGCCUUGACGGUCCGGUGUACGGAGCUGCCGACCGGUGGAACGGACUGGGAAUUUUCUUUGACUCUUUUGACAAUGAUGGAAAGAAAAACAACCCAGCUAUACUUGUUGUGGGAAACAACGGCAACCUUGUUUAUGACCACCAAAACGACGGCAGCACGCAGGCCCUCGGUACAUGUUUACGAGACUUCCGCAACAAGCCGUAUCCUGUCAGAGCCAAAAUAAUGUACUACAAGCAGACACUGACGGUUAUGAUCAACAACGGUUUCACUCCGGACAGAGACGACUACGAGUUCUGCACAAAGGUGGACAACAUGGUCAUCCCCACUGAGGGCUUCUUUGGCAUUUCAGCCGCCACCGGUGGUUUAGCAGAUGACCAUGACGUGUUGUCCUUCUUGUUAUUCAGACUCACGGAGCCAGGCCAGCAACCGCCCCCACCUGAAUCUGAGAUUCCUAAACAAGAGAAGGACAAGUACCAGGAGGAAUUUCAGAACUUCCAGCAAGAGCUCGACAAAAAGAAAGAAGAGUUUCAGAAAGAGCACCCAGACGUCCAAGGAGAGCCAAUUGAGGACAUGUACGAGAGCGUGAACGACCGGGAGAUCCGUCAGGUGUUUGAAGGCCAGAACCGGAUCCACCUGGAGAUCAAACAGCUCCACCGACAGCUUGCUAUGAUCCUGGACGAGCAGCGCAGAUACGUCUCCGUUAUCACUGACGAGAUCGCCAAAAAGGGAACGAACGUCGAGUCAGGACAGGUGGAUGCUGCUAGUCCACAGUUGGGCUCCGUCCUGGUCACCCAGCAGGAGGUUCUCAGGAACCUGAACGAGUUGAGAAACUCCUUUCACGAGUCGCUGAAACAGAUCGGCUCAGCCCAACAGCAGGGGAAUGCGGCGGGUCUGGGAACAUAUGAGACCAUCCAGCACUUCAACGACAUCAAGGAACACCUGCACACAGUCAAAAGGGACGUCGAGCACCUGGUGCAGCGUAGUGUACAGAAUCCUGCCGAGAAGGCUGUAAAGUGCCCUGAGCCGCCUCCCCUGCCCGCCUGCUUAUCCACUGUGCAUUUUGUAAUCUUCAUCGUCAUUCAAUCAGUCCUGUUCUUCUGCUACGUCAUGUACAAAAGUCAACAAGAAGCAGCAGCAAAGAAGUUCUUUUGAUGAGACAUAGUUCUGAAAUGAAAGUCUGUAAAUGAGGGAAUGUCCAUUUUGGUAAUUUUUUUUUGUUGGUUUGAAUAUUUUCAGAUUGUAAGUUAUUAAAAAAUAUAGUUUUGUUGGUGGAGUUUGUUUUAAUUAAUUGCAGAUUUUUAAUUUGAUCAAUCAGCGUGUAUGAGUGCUAGUGUGCGAUUUCCAACACAAUGUCAAAACUUCCGUACAGUAUUUUUGGUUGGUCAGAUCCAUAGAUUUUGUUUUCAAAAGUGAAAAUCUGCCACAGUCCCUUUUCCAUGAAGCUGAACUGAAAACGAAAAAAUAACCUGUGUUUUUGAAAUGUGCAAUUUUGUAUAAAAUAAUUCUGAACCGGUGAUGAAAACUCAAAGUGCAGGUGUUUGCUGCCGUUUAUCUGUUUUGAGUCAGACUCGGACAUAUCCUCUACCUGAACAAUUUACAUAAACUGAAAACAUGAA